AUGACCGGGCGAAUUGCGGAACCGGGCAAGAAAAACAGGAAACGCACAAAUGCCGUGCUCGACCCGUUUGGCAGUGACUCACGUCAUUUGCAUUUCGGUGGAGAGCGAUGGUACUGUAAAGCACGAUCCUUGUCAACAGGACAAGGAAUCGGAGUUUUCGCUCUCAAAAUUGUCGCUUUCGACAUGUCGGCGCUUCGCCUCCAUAGGGCGAUCUAUCUCCGUGAAAAUCCUGGUGCAGUGCCCAGGCUGGAGCGCUGGCUUGUAGGUGGUCUGAGGAAGUCUAAGUGCCAUCGUGAAAGGAACGUGCAGAGUGUCGUGAGGUAUUGUGAGGUGUUGUGGUGCUUGACACGGGGGCAACUUCACAUUGAAUCGGGAUCUAGGACCAACUCUAAAGAACGCGUAGCCACUGGCAAAUAUCAACGCAAGGGCAGUGGAGCCGCUACCGCCGCCAACCAUAAUGCGCCACCAGAGCGCCCGACUUAUGCCGACCUAGAAAGCGAGAUAACCGGCUUGACUAGGUCACCGUUACCCACUGGCAAGAGUUCCUAA